GUGUGCUCUGGAAGGUUAGAAAAAGCACAGACAGAUUUUCUGAUUCAAAGUCAGGUUUACCAGUAUCUUCUCACUACAAGAUGAAUUCAAGCUUAAAUGAAAACUACAGCCCUCCAGUUGUCAGUGACCUGAGAAUUGUUCUUCUGGGCAAAACUGGAUCAGGAAAAAGUGCAACAGGGAACACCAUCCUGGGAUGGAAGGCUUUUGAAGCAAGCAUUUCUCCAUCAUCUGUGACAAAGGCAAGUAAAAAAGAAACAGGCCACUUUGAUGAAAGAACAGUGACCAUUGUGGACACCCCUGGUAUCUUCGACACAUCAAUGAAGGAAGACCAGUUGAAAAAAGAAAUAGACAAGUGUGUCAUGUUGUCUGUCCCGGGACCCCAUAUAUUCCUGCUUGUGAUCAGACUGGACGCACGCUUCACAGAAGAGGAGAAGAACUCUGUCAAAUGGAUCGGGGACAACUUUGGUAAAGAAGCCUCCGGGUUUACAGUAGUGCUUUUCACUAGGGGUGAUGAGCUGAAGGAAAUGUCCAUUAAGGACUAUUUAGACAAAAGUCCUGACCUCAAGGAGCUCAUCAAUACCUGUAGAGAUUACAUGGUGUUUGACAACACAUGCAAGAAAGAUCGCACUCAGGUGGUUGAUCUCUUUGAAAAGAUAGACAAAAUAGUGGAUUCAAACCAGAGUCAUUACACCAGCAGCAUAUAUGAAGAGGCUCAGAGAAAGAUACAUAAUGAUGAAUGGUUGUGCAAAUGGGGACACAGGCUGGACUAUGCAGGUAAUUUAAUAAUGGUGGCAGCAGCUGGAGCUACUCCUGCUGGAGCUGUAGCAAGAGUAGCAAUGCUUGCAGGUGGAGGGGUUACUAAAGUCACUGGACGAUGGCUGAAACCUAAAACACAGGACAGUUAAGUCAUGUGAAGCCAUGACCCUUUAAAUAAAUCUGUGAAGUCAUC